CCCCUUUUUGUGUGUGUCUGUGCAUUUUUGCGAUUGCGAACGAGGGGCCUCGACCGAGAGGCCUCCGCCCUGCGCCCCCCGACCCCCGGAACCAUGAGCGUGAGACCCCCCCAGACGAUAGACAGAUCAGCCGGUAAAAAGCACGGCCACCUGUCCGGCCCCAUUGCCACCUGGUUGAGCAGCCCGUCUUCCCUCGGCGAGCCGGCCAGCCCCGACGGCGGGACCCCCGCCCCGCAGCGUCCGCCGGCCGACCCUUCCGAGAGCCCGGGCGAGCGGCCCUCCCCUCCUCCGCCCUCCCCGGGGAGCGGCGGGGGGCCGCUGACCGGGUCCGCGUCCCCGGGGCUGGUCCAGCGCUGCGUCGUCGUCCAGCGGGACCAGCACGGCUUCGGCUUCACGGUCAGCGGAGACCGCGUCGUCCUGGUGCAGUCGGUCCGGCCCGGAGGGGCGGCCUUGAAAGCCGGUGUGAAGGAGGGAGACAGAAUCAUCAAAGUGAACGGCACCAUGGUGACCAACAGUUCGCACGUGGAUGUGGUGAAGCUCAUCAAAUCGGGCGCCUACGUGGCCCUGACCCUCCUGGGGUCCUCGCCCGCCUCGGGGGGCUUCUCCGGCCUCCAGCGGGACCCGGGCCCGCCGCCGGCCCCCCGCUCCCCGCCCGCGGAGUCCCCGCCGCCCCCGCCGCCCGGGCCGCCGCCGGAGCGCAUCACGGGACCCAGGCCGCUGCAGGACUCGGAGGUCCAGAAGCACGCCGCGCAGAUCCUGCUCAACAUGCUGAGGCAGGAGGAGCGGGAGCUCCAGCGGUACUGCGAGGAGUACAGCCACCGGCCGGACAGGCUGCUGGAGGAGCAGAUCGAGGGCGCCCGGCGCAGGGUCUGCCAGCUGCAGCUGAAGAUCCGGCAGGAGACGGGCGGCGUGAGGGAGGCGUGGCGGUCCCCCGGCGAUGGAAACCGUGUCCGCCACAGGUCAUCGGAGGGCUGCCACUCGCUGGAUUCGCAGGACGGGGACAGCGGCCCGGAGUGCGGGCCGGAGCGCCUCCCCUCCGGGAGCGAGUCGCUGCCGAGUGGGAAGUCGGUGUUCCCGGACCCCGGGCCCGACGGCCCGCACACCUCGCCCGUCGUGGCGUCCCGGGGGGCCCGGCGGCACCGGCGCCGGGGUUCGGAACCCCUCCCCGGACCCGCCUCCGAGCAGGGCUCCGAUCGCGGCCCGAAACCCUUGAUCAUCGGCCCGGAAGAAGAUUACGACCCGGGUUAUUUCAACGACGAGUGUGACGCCCUGUUCCAGGACCUGGAGAAGCUCAAAGCCCGGCCUGCCCACCUGGGCAUCUUCCUGCGGUAUAUCUUCACCCAGGCCGACCCCAACCCCCUGCUCUUCUACCUGUGCGCCGAGGUUUUCCAACAGACCGGCCCCAAGGACUCCCGGAAUCUGGGCAAGACCAUCUGGAGCGUUUUCCUGGAAAAGGCCGCGCCCCUCAGAGUGUACGUCCCCGACGCGCUACUGGACGAUUUCGACCUGCGCCUGAGGAACAACGAGGAUGUGAGAGUCGCCAUGUCGGAGGCGCAGGCCGCCGCGUUGCCGGACAUUCAGGAGCAGAUCCAGGACUACAGGCGGAAGCGCACCAUGGGGCUGGGCAGCCUGUACGGGGAGAACGACCUGCCGGACCUGGACGGGGACCCGCUGCGGGAGCGAGAGCUGGCCGAGAAGCAGCUCGUGGCCCUCGGGGACCUCGUGUCCCGCUACGAGGAAGACAAGAGCACCGCCAUGGAGUUCGCGCUGAACACGUACGCCACCCACGCCGGCCUCCGCGGGAAGGAGGCCCGGUCCUGCGGCCCGGCCGACAAGACCCCGAGCGCCCCGGACAAAGACAAGUGGCUCCCGUUCUUCCCCAAAACCAAGAAGAGCGCCAACUCCAAGAAGGAGAGAGACGCGCUCGAGGACCGGAAGCGCAAUCCCAUCCUCAAGUACAUCGGGAAACCCAAGGGGUCCUCACAGAGCACAUUUCAUGUCCCCCUGUCCCCCGUGGAAGUCAAACCCGGGAACGUGCGGACCAUGAUCCAACACUUCGAGAACAGCCAGAACUACGGCGCCCCGGCGGCGGCGGGGCCUCCCGGCCAGCGGUUGUCUACUGGCAGCUUCCCUGAAGAACUGCUGCCCGGAGACAGCUGCCGCUCGGAGGUGAAGCUGGGCCGCUCGGAGAGCCUGAAGGGGCGGGAGGAGCUGAAGAGGUCACGCAAGGCGGAGAACGUCCCCCGCUCCCGCAGCGACGUGGACAUGGACGCCGCCGCCGAGGCCGCCCGCCUCCACCAGUCCACGUCCUCCUCGGCCUCCAGCCUGUCCACCAGGUCCUUGGAGAACCCCACUCCACCCUACACCCCCAAAAUGGGCCGCAGGAGCAUUGAGUCCCCGAGCCUGAGCUUUCCCGGGGAGCCCCUGCUUCCCCACCUCCGGGAGGACGACCUGGGCCGGCUGUCGGACCUGGAGCCCGAGCUGGAAGCCCAGAACUGGCAGCACACGGUCGGCCGGGACGUGGUGGCCGGCCUGAGCCAGCGAGAGAUCGAACGGCAGGAAGUGAUCAACGAACUGUUCGUCACGGAGGCGUCUCACUUGCGCACGCUCCGGGUGCUGGACAUCGUCUUCUACCAGCCCAUGCGGAGGGACAACCUGCUGGCCCCCCAAGAGCUCAACUGCCUCUUCCCCAACCUCCCCGACAUCAUCGACAUCCACAACUCCUGGUGCGAGGCCAUGAAGAAGCUGCGGGAGAGCGGGCCCGUGGUCAAGGAAGUGGGCGACCUCAUGCUGACGAGGUUCGACGGCGAGGGCCGGGAGGAGCUCCAGGAAGCGGCCGCCCAGUUCUGCUCGCAGCAGUCCAUCGCGCUGGAGAUCAUCAGGGUCAAGCAGCGCAAGGAGAGCCGCUUCCAGCUUUUCAUGCAGGAGGCGGAGAGUCUCCCCCAGUGCCGCCGGCUACAGCUGCGGGACCUGAUCGUGGCCGAGAUGCAGCGCCUGACCAAAUACCCGCUCCUCCUGGACAGCAUUCUCAAGCACACGGACGACGACGUGCCGGAGCGGGAGAAGCUGGGCCGGGCGCGGGAUCAAUGCCGGGAGAUCCUGCGGUUCGUGAACGAAGCCCUGAAGCAGGCGGAGAACCGCCACCGGCUCGAGGGCUACCAGAGGCGCCUGGACGCCACCUCGCUGGAGCGGGCCAGCAAUCCCCUGGCCGCCGAGUUCAAGAGCCUGGACCUCACGUCCCGGACGAUGAUCCACGAGGGCCCGCUGGCCUGGAGGAUCAGCAAGGACAAGACCGUGGACGUGCUCGUGGUGUUGCUGGAAGAUCUGCUGGUGCUCCUGCAGCGCCAGCAGGACGAGAAGCUGCUGCUCAAGGUCCACAGCAAGUCGGCCCCGGGCUCGUCCGACAGCAGCAAGCAGAGUUUCGUCCCCGUGCUCAAGCUCAACGCCGUGCUGGUCCGCUCCGUGGCCACAGACAAGCGAGCCUUCUUCAUCAUCUGCACGUCGGAGCUGGGGCCCCCGCAGAUCUACGAGCUGGUGGCCCAGACGUCCCUCGAGAGGAACACGUGGAUGGAGCUGCUGGAGGCGACGGUGCAGAGGGCCACGAGGAACCCCGGCCCCCACUCGGCCGCCGCCGACCCCCCGAAGCCGGGGAGCCCGCGGGAGCCGGCCGCCCGGCGCCCGCUGCCCGACAGCCCGGGACGGCCGGACGGGGACCCGACCCCCGGCGUCGGCCCCGGGGACGCCGCCCCAGGUCCCGGGGCGCCCUGGCGGACAGAGGGCCUGGAGAAGACGGAAGUGGGGACAGAGGCGGAGGGGGAGGGGUCCGCGGGAGCGGCGGCGGAGGAAGAGGAAGCGGCGGCCGGAGCCCGGCCGGGCCCGGGGGCCGCCGCGGUCGCCCUGGAGGGCGGCGGCGGCGGCGGCCUCCGCCUGCCUCCGCCGGAGCCUCUGUUCCCCGAAGGACUGGCCGACUCGGCCCUGGAGGAUGUGGAGAGCCUGCGCCACCUGAUCCUGCUGACCCUGCUGGCCGGGCCGGGGACGGAGCCGACGUCCGACGGAGCCGAGGACCCCCCGACGCCGCCCCGCCGAGGACACGCCGCCUCCCCGCGGGGCGGCCCGGCCGACCGCAGGGGCGGGGAGGAGGAGAAGGGGGCCGGGGGUCCGGGCCGGGGAUCCCUGACCUCCCUGGGGCAACUCCCGCCGCGGACCAGGAACUCGGGCAUCUGGGAGUCGCCGGAACUGGACGGGGAGCUGGACGGAGGAGACGGGCCGGCCGGAGCGGCGGGCCCGCCCGACCCCAGCCCGGGGGGCUACAAGGUGGUCAGGAGAGCCCCGCACGGCGCAGCCGCGGUGGCGGGCGGUAGCGCCGUCCACCGGGGUCCAGCGAGCGUCCCGUCGGAGGCCGAGCCGCGGGGAGCCGGAGGCGGGGUGCAGGCCGCGGGGAACUGUUUCUACAUCAGCGUGCCGCCCGGACGCCGCGACCUGAACGCGGGGGCCCUGGGGCCCGGGACCCCCGAGGUGGGGACCCCCCGGCGAGCGGACGGCUGGCACCUGGAGCUGGGGCCCCCGGCCGGCCGGGUCACGGGCGCCGUCCAGCGGGGCAUCGACCCCAUCUUCCACACCAUCCAACAGCUCACCCUCAAGCUCCACCGGCUUAAGGAGCUGGAGAUGGCCCACCACGAGCUCCUGAGGUCCCUGGGGGCCGAAUCGUCGGGGGGCACCACGCCCGUGGGCGGCCCGGACCCGGAGCCGGCCGGUUGGGCGGACCGGACCCCCGGCCCCCCGGCCCGGGACCCCGGCCCGGACCCCCCGCCCGGGACCGGCCGCCGGCCGCAGCCGAGCCCCGAGGACGGCCCCGCCGGCCCUCGGCGGGAGAGGUCCGAGGACGCCGGGGGUCCCCCGGGUCCCUAG